GGAAAAGCUGUUGAUCAGACAUGAAGUGCUUUGCAUUACUUAUCCUCUUUCUUAAUGCGGUUUAUGUCGCCUCUCAUGUUCCCCAUGAAAUAACCUAUUUUGUGGGCUGCUUUGAGAACGGCACCACUGUGGUACAGUUUGAUUUUGAUGGUGAGGAAAUAUUGUACGUUGACCUUCAAAGAGAGGAGGUCGUAAUCACCGUACCCGUCUUCAUUGAUCCAGAUCCCAUGCAGGUGUUAAUAGGUUUGAGUAUCCUUAAAGAUGCUCUGGAUAACAAGGAAUGGUGUUCAGCCCUACAAAGAAUGUUUCAAUAUAAAAAUAAAUCUCCACCGAAAGAGGACCCCCCAGACACCAUGAUCUUCCCAUCAAGAGAGAUAGAACUGGAAAUGGAAAACAGCCUUGUGUGCUUUGUGAAUAAUUUCUAUCCGCCUUUAGUCAAAGUCAGCUGGACUAAAAAUGGACACCCAGUCUCAGAGGGGGUGUCGGUUGGUCAAUAUCAUCCAAAUAAGGACCAAACCUUCUGCCUGUUCUCCACUUUGAGGUUCACACCGAGUGAGGGGGACAUUUAUUCCUGCACCGUGGAGCAUCCAGCACUGGAGACUCCUAAAACAAGAAUCUGGGAAACAGAAAUCAUCAAAGAGAAUCAAAGUCUUGGGCCUGAUAUUUACUGUGGAGUCGGUCUCUGUGUGGGCAGUUUGGGAAUUGCAACUGGAGUAUUUUUUAUUGUCAAGAGUCAACAUUUAAACUAAUUCUCUGUUUUUAAAUACAGAAUACAUGGUAAAUUAUGUAAAAUAUCAAAGUUUAAGAUUUUAUAUGUUAAAAAUAUUUGAUUUCACACCUCUGUCGCAACUCCUAAUAUAGACGUGAAAAUUCAGUACAAGAUCAAGGCUGUAAGGGACACAAAAAAACGUAUGUUUGGAGGAAAAGGACAUUAGGCUGGAAAUACAACUUGAACACUGGAGCUCAGUGAAGAAGAAGCUGAAGUUGAUGAAAAUGUAAAUUAUUGGUGUGUGAAUUGGCAAGAAUUUGUUAAUACAAUACGUAUCACUAUCCUGGUGUCACACAAUAUGUCCAGAUAAAUUGUGUCACAACAGUUUAUCUGGAUAUGUGACAAUGCAGUAACACACACAAUAUACUGGGAUUUUUAUAAUAAUAAUAUAGCUCAGCAAAACCUCACAAGAUCCCAUUGUUGCUCUGCUAUGGCUGGUGCAGAGCAACACUGGGACUCGUUAUAUAAGAC